AUGAAGAUCAUUAAAACCACACCAAAUGAAUUGGUUUUAAUAUCAAGAAAUAGAUUAAAAGAAUGGUCAUUAGCAUUUGCAAUUUCGUCAAUUGGUUUAUUACCCUUUUUGCAUCAAUCUGAUGAAUUAUUUAUAAAGGCAGCUAAAGUAGUAUUCUUUAUUACAUUUGUAUUAGUUGGGUUAUUGGGUAUCCAUGAAGAAUAUAAUAUAGAAUUUAAUAUUAAAAAGAGAAAAGUUUUAAUGGAAUAUAAAAAUAUUUUAGAAUUAAUAGCAAGACAAGAAGGAAGAGUUAUGGUUUUAGAUUUAGAUCAAGUAAGAAGUUCAUCAGUUCAAGAGGUUAAAGAAGGAAAAAAGACAUUAUUUAAAUUAGUAUUGGAUUAUUCUGAUGGUCUUAAAAUUGGGCUUACAGAAACUUAUUUUUAUUAUCCAGAUCUAAUAGAAUCAAUAAAGACUGAUAUUAACAAAUGGUUAACUGAAAACAAUGUAGUAAGUAACAAAGAUAAAGAUUUAUAUGGUUCUGAUGAUGAAGAUGAUGAUGAUCAAGAAGGUGGCGCCAAUCAAUUCGAAUCUGACUCUAGUGAUGAAGAUAUUCAACAAAAACAAAACAUAAAGAAAAGAACAAAUAAAGUUAAAUAA